AUGGCGCAUUCUAUACAAGAAGAACACCCCCUUCACGAGCAACCUCGUCAGUCCUUGGAUACCACCGAGAAACCCACGGAGGUCCAAGAAGAUGACAGCCAAUUUCCAUCUGGAGCCAAAUUGGUGGUGAUUGUGAUUUCGAUCUUGUUCGCUAUGUUCCUGGUUGCACUGGACCGCACGAUCAUUGCCACGGCAGUCCCUCGUAUCGCAAACCAAUUCAAUGCACUUGAGGAUAUUAGUUGGUACGCCAGCGCAUAUCUCUUGACAAGCUGUGCAACUCAACUAGCAUGGGGCAAAGUCUACACAUUCUACUCGACCAAGACCAUUUUCCUCCUCGCGAUUCUAAUCUUCGAAGUCGGAUCCGCUUUAUGUGGUGGUGCGCCCAAUUCCAAGGCCUUCAUCGUCGGACGAGCAAUCGCGGGUAUUGGUUCAGCUGGAAUCUUCUCUGGUGCGACAGUCAUCAUUGCACAGAUUGUUCCCCUGGCUAAGCGACCGAUCUAUGUCGGGCUUAUGGGAUCUACAUUCGGAUUCUCGUCUAUUGUCGGCCCGUUGAUGGGUGGCGCAUUCACGGACAAUGUGACAUGGCGCUGGUGCUUCUACAUCAACCUUCCUAUCGGUGGUUUCACCUUGGCGAUGCUCUUCUUCUUCCUGCGCGUGCCUCACACGCCUCAGCCCUGCGGCUGGAAGCGACAGAUCCUUCGCCUUGACCCCCUGGGAAGCGUAUUGUUCCUGCCUUCCGUCAUUUGCUUUUUGCUGGCCCUGCAAUGGGGUGGUACUACCUAUGCCUGGAAUAGUGGCCGCAUUAUUGCCUUAUUCGUGCUCUCGGGUGUCUUGAUGAUUGCCUUCGUCUGUGUUCAAGCUUGGCUGAAGAAGGAUGCCACCGUGCCUCCGCACAUCUUCAACCAGCGCAGUAUCAUCAGUGGUGUCGUCUUUGCCCUGUGCGUUGGUGGUGGACUCAUUUCCAUGUUGUACACUCUCCCUCUCUGGUUCCAGGGUGUUCGCGGUACGACGGCUGUGAAAUCAGGUAUUGACACGAUCCCCAUGGUCCUCGCCCUCGUCGUCGGUGCCAUCUUCUCUGGUGGAAUCAUCACCGCGACUGGGUACUACGUUCCGUGGAUGUUUGUCGCAACAAUCCUGAUGUCAACUGGUGCAGGCCUAAUGACCACCUUCAAGCUGGACACUAACCACGCCGCGUGGAUUGGAUACCAAGUCUUAUUCGGUCUGGGCAUUGGCACCGGUUUGCAACAGCCGUCGCUGGCAGCGCAAACCAUCCUGCCCAUGGAAGAAGUUGCCAUUGGUGUCUCACUCAUGUUCUUCGCUCAGUCCCUUGGUGGUGCUGUCUUCAUCGCUGUUGCCCAGUCCCUCUUCCAGAACUACAUUGGUGCCGAACUACCCCAUAUCGAGGGAAUCGAUGCAGCCAAGGUUCUUGCUGCAGGGACGACGGGUCUCGCGGAUGUUGUGCCGACUAACAAGCUUACCGAGGUACUACUGGUUUAUAAUGAUGGUCUUCACCGAUCGUUCAUUGUUAGUGUAGCGGUGUCUUGUUUGAUGAUCUUGCCCGCUUUGACCAUGGAGUGGAAGACGAUUAAGAAGGAUAAUGUUUCUGUUCCCGCUGCUUAG